AUGAAGAACAGUGAGAUGAGACCUCCAGGAUCAGCACCAUUACCAGAAGCCCACAAAGCUGAACAAGAAAAGAAAGAUCCCAAAGAAAGCAACCACGUCUACAAUGAGAGAAGAACACAUGGUAGAGGCCGUGGUGGGUACAAGGGACGUGGUGGCCGUGACAAUUACUCAUAUGGCCGUGGAUAUGGAAACCACAAUAACCGUGGUCGUGGUUCCAACUAUGGUCGUGGAAGAGCCAUUUUUGGCCGCGGUCGAGGUGGUAUAUCCAAGCCAACCCCUAAGCAUCUAUGUGAACUCUAUCAGGAGAGUCUUAAGAACAAGAACCCAGAAGCUCAUCUGGUUCACGACGAUGGGUAUGAUGCUGAUGAUGAUUUCGACCAUGAAAAGGAUGAUCUAAUGGAUCAUGAGACAUCAGAUUGUCUUAAAGACUAA